AGUAAUAGUAGCUUGGACACGCCUUUCCUCAGACCACGCCUAUUACAGUUGGUCGUUGUUUGAGGAAGGUUCGUGAAGGUUUUCCGCGGUGCAUUGUGGGUGUAGCAGUUGCCGGCUGGGAAGGAAACCGUAAUAAUUGACAAGAUGAUGCCCACACCUGUUAUCCUGCUGAAGGAGGGAACUGACACCUCCCAGGGUGUUCCUCAGCUCCUGAGUAACAUCAAUGCCUGCCAGGUGAUCGCAGAGGCAGUGCGCACCACCCUUGGCCCACGUGGCAUGGACAAGCUUAUUGUCGAUGACAGAGGUAAAGCCACAAUCUCAAACGAUGGUGCUACCAUUCUGAAGCUCCUUGAUGUGGUGCACCCAGCAGGAAAAACCCUUGUGGACAUCGCUAAAUCCCAGGAUGCUGAGGUGGGAGAUGGCACCACUUCUGUAACUCUCCUUGCGGCGGAAUUUCUGAAACAAGUCAAACCCUAUGUGGAGGAGGGUCUGCACCCACAAAUCAUAAUCCGAGCCUUCCGUACAGCCACCCAGCUGGCAGUUAACAAAACCAAAGAAAUUGCCGUCACAGUGAAGAAAGAAGAUAAACAAGAGCAGCGUCGUCUACUAGAGAAAUGCGCGGCCACAGCACUGAGUUCCAAACUAAUCGCUUUGCAGAAAGAUUUCUUCUCUAAAAUGGUGGUGGAUGCGGUGUGCUUGCUGGAUGACUUGCUGCAGCUUAAGAUGAUUGGGAUCAAGAAGAUUCAGGGUGGUGCGCUGGAGGAUUCUCAAUUAGUAGCUGGUGUCGCCUUCAAGAAAACCUUCUCCUAUGCUGGAUUUGAGAUGCAGCCUAAGAAAUAUGAUUCCCCCAAGAUUGCUCUCUUGAAUGUAGAAUUGGAGCUAAAGGCUGAAAAGGACAACGCAGAAGUCCGGGUCAAUAAUGUGGAGGACUACCAGGCCAUUGUAGAUGCCGAGUGGAACAUCUUAUACGAUAAACUGGAGAGGAUUUGCAAGUCUGGAGCAAAAGUUGUUCUUUCUAAGUUGCCUAUCGGUGAUGUUGCCACCCAAUACUUCGCUGACAGAGACCUAUUCUGCGCAGGGCGGGUCCCUGAAGAGGAUCUCAAGAGAACAAUGAUGGCUUGUGGAGGUUCUAUUCAGACCAGCGUUAACGCAAUGACUGAUGACGUGCUGGGUCAGUGUGCCCUGUUUGAGGAGGCCCAGGUGGGAGGUGAAAGGUAUAACUUCUUCACUGGUUGUCCAAAGGCUAAAACCUGUACGAUCAUACUGAGGGGAGGUGCUGAGCAGUUCAUGGAGGAGACAGAGAGGUCCUUACAUGAUGCUAUCAUGAUUGUGCGCCGUGCAAUCAAGGGCUAUAGGAGGGAGAAGACCUCUUACACCUUUUGGGGCUGUCGGACAGCAUUAAGGGCAAAUGGAGCCUUGAACUUUGGACAUAAGGCUCUCUAUGUAUGGAGGGGCCUUUUAUUUGGUGACAGCUUAUAUCCGGAGGAUGUGUACGGCGUCCCUGAAGUUCAGCAGGGGUUGCCACUGGCGCAUUCUACACUUCAGGAUCUGGAGGAGGAUGCGCUGUGGGUGGAGGAGUCGUACAGCGACUUUGGUUGGCCCAUUGGGGAUUCAUCUGAGUUAGGAGAUCAAAGAAAAAAUUUGGAAGCGGGAGUUUGUGGAAUUGUUUUCCUUGCUCCCGCUGGACCAAGUUAUAGAGGUGAAGUAGGAUCCAAAGGUGGAACAGGGAAAGAAGGAGGAGGAGGAGAGGAAGAAGAGAUAGCAGAAAUUGCCGAAGACUUUUGCCAAUUGGUCUAG